AUGGAAGGAAACAAGGGCAGAGAAGAGGAAGGAAAGGAGCUUUUUGAUGAGGAGUGUUCCUCCGAGUUUCUUCCAAUCGACUUCUAUGAUAAGAGCCGGAGGCCUAGGGACGACCAAGGGAUUGAGUUUGUAGUUACCAAGAAUGGUUUUCCUGAAGGAACAAGGGGGGUGUGUUUUGAAGGAGUUGUGGAUGGCCUUGAGUUUGAGAAUCGGAAAAUGGAGGCGGAGAUUGAAGGGCUGAGCAAGAAGGAGAGAAGAAUAGAAAAGGAAAAUGCAGCUCUGAAGGAUGUCCUAUUGGGGCUUUUGUCAAAGCUUUCUUCUUGA